AUGAAUAGCGAUCGAUUAUCCACUUCCACUUCACUUCAGUCGUCAGGUUCUACUUUUAUCUUAGGUGCCACUUCUGCUGAAGAAUUGGCAGAAAAAUAUCAGAAAUUAUUCUUAGAAUUCUCUCGAAUAAAAGCACAGCAUUCAGUCCUUAAAAAGGCCGUUAUAAAGGAACAAUCGGAAAAAAAUACGUUGCAAGAUGAAUGUAAAACCAAAGAACAGAAGUUGCGAUCAUCAAUCCAACAACUUGAUCUUUUAACUUUUCACAACCAACGUUUGACCAAACGUAUUGAAAGUUUACAGGAUUCAGGAAAUUCGAGGAUGUCUCCUUGGUUGUUGGGUUCAGCGAAGAAAGAACUUGAAAAGUCAAAGGCUAACCUCGAAAUUACCUCAAAAGAAUUAUCUCUAAAGAUCGAAGAAAAUGAAAAAUUACAUAAAGAACUUUUCGAAGUGAACAGUUUGUACACUCAGCACGUUAAUGUUCUUCAAACCAAAAUAUCUGAUUUUGAGAAUAAGACCGAAGAGCUUCAGAUGGAAUUGACAAGAUCACACCAAGCAAGUGAAGAGGCUCUAAGUAAAAUGCGUCAAGAAAAAAGAGAUGUUGAGGUUGAAUUAGAUCAGACAAGGGCAGAACUACGAAUAACGAAGGCCCUUAUGGAAAAAAAUGAACAAAAAUUGAGAGAAGGUGAUGAUGCAUUGCGUUUUGAGUUAAUUGCACUCAGACAAACUCUUUCAAUUAAUCUUGGCUUAGCAGAUGAGACUCAAUCUGAACAAUUUAAUGUUAGUAAUGUUAGAGCUUUAAGUGAAAAUUUUGAUUCUGAAUCUAACGAGAUAAUUGCAAGCUUUAAGAAAUUACAAUCCAACACUAGAGAAUAUUUGAAUGCAUUUAAAGAUGAUCCAGAUUCAUCCUACGAAUUAAGUGUUAAAGUAAAAAAUGCAAGUCUAGCAUGGCAACAAAAUUUGCAUAUUUUUGCGGUUAAAUUAGCUUUUGCUCAAAGUCGAAUAACUGAAUUAACAUCGGAUAAAGAAUUACUCAUCAAAACUAAUGAAAACAGCUCAAAUAAAGUCGCAGCGUUAGAAAAAGAAAUUUCCGCUCUAAAGGAAGAAUUGGAAAAUUUAACCUCCGAUGGUAUUGCAUCGGAAAUGGGCCAAUUACAAAAUGAUUGUUCACAGAAUCUAGAUAAUGAACAAGUUCAUUCUAAGCCAUUCUCAGCAAAAAGUAGUACUAAAUUGGAUGACGGUAUUGGUAAUUCUAAAUUAUAUUUAAAUGAGCUCGAUGAAUCUAAAUCGAAGCCAACGUCACAAAACGACUCAUUCCAAAAGGAAUCAAACGUAAAGGGAGACGGAACUCCUGAAUUAGUAUUUGGAGAAGGUGAAAGUGAAGAAGAGUCAGAUGUAUUUGUUUAUUUACCUAUAAAAGAGGAAUUAACUGUUGGUCAAGAUGAUGAAUCAAAUGGAUUGUGUAAGAAUUGUGGUAAAUCUAUCCAGGAUGAUGAUAAUGAAACCAGUAACGGAACAGCACGUUUCCUCGCUUUAGGACGCAAUGAUAUGAGCCGGAAAACUGAAGACGAUGCCAAACAACGCGAAGAACUAAUCAAGAAUAAUUAUCAAUUUCAAAUAAAACAAUUAAACGAGAAGGUGCAAAUGGCAGAUAGUAAAGCUGUUCGAUUUUAUGAAGGUUUAAAGAUUAUGAAAGCUAAGUUGAUAGAUGCUGAAAAUGAAAAGUCGCGAGUUGAUGAAGAUAUUUCUAAGUUACAAAAGGAAUUAGAUAAUAUCAAGGAAAAGUUGGCAGAAGAAAAAAAUGCCCAUAAAACAUCAGUAGAUACAAUGACAGAUUGGAUUGAAAAAUUAUCCGUUAAAAAUGAACUUUUAGGACAAUAUGCAAUACCUGGCUCUUCAAGAAAUGAUUAA